AUUCUACUCCGUUUUAUACCAAGUUUGCGAAUUUACCAGUGUGCUCACAGCAACCCAGCGACACGACGGCCAUUUUUGUUAACGUCAUUGACGAGCCACCGAAAAAUAUUGUCGUCUGUGCUUGGGCGAGGAUCAUUUGCUGCUUUUGCCGUGAAAAAUAUACGCAAAAAUUAGAGAAAAUUACGAUAAUUAACACCGAAAUCGGUGAUUGAUAUACCAGUUAUAAGAAUUAGUAAAAAAAUCGCAAAAAAUGUUCUAUAAAAAACGCGGUUUUUCUUAGCAGAAAGUGUGAAAAAAAACGGUGGAGAAAAAUUUUACAUCAGCAAAAGAGACGAAAGGAAAAUUUUGUGUGUACCAACGAAACUGCGACGAAAGCGUAACAGGGAACGGAUAAACAAGGCGAAGAGUGAGUGCGAAAGAGUACGCGAUAGUUGAUGGGUAGCUGAAAGGUGGUGGGAAAGAGAGCGUAUUGUGUUUGCAUUUUGUCUUUCGUAUUUAAGGAAAAGGAAUUUUCGCUUUGCGAGUGUAGAGUAGGUGGUGGCCACUAAAAUUCAAAUGGAAAUGAUGGAAAGUUAUGAGGAACCACAUAUUGGACCAUCACAUGCGGAUCAGUGUGAUUUACAUGAUGUGAAAAUUCAUGAAACAUGUCUGUCGGCCAAUUGCACUACUUUGAUGGCCACUAAACAGAAUUUCGAUUUUGGCGCCGAAAUUGUUGAAACACAAGCAAUAGAAUCGGAACGCGAAAGCGAUAUAAAAACAAACGGCGAAAGCAUAGCAACAACUGCAACAGUAGCAACAGUGGCGGUAGCAGCAUCCUCCGCCUCGCCCAAUGUUAAUCAAUCAUCAAAUAUAGAAACACCAUUGCACGUAGCCGAAUUACCAAUAAAGGGUACUUUGGCUAACGAUCAUGGCAGCCAGGUUGAUGAAGACGAAGUUGACGACGACGGCGGUGAAAGUUAUCAAUCAGAUGAUGAUAUGGACGAAGACGGUAAUGAGGACUACCAACAAGAGUGCAGAGGUAAUAUGCAUAAUGAUGCCUCACUUGAUAGCGAUGAGUCCACAUCCGACUCGGAUUUCUCUGACUUAAGUGGCCUAUCGGACAUGUCUGGCCGGGAAUGGAAACCAAUAAGCGCCAGGCCUAUCAAUUGGGUACAGAAACAAAUACACGCUGGUGCUAAUCCCCGUGACUUGCUUUCACAAAUGUUGCCUUCCAACACACACCCGAUUGCGCCGGGUGUGAAUGAUAUGAUGUUAUGGCGUAUACUUGCUAGCAUGUUGUCAGAGCCACCGAGGCGUCAAAAACUACGUUAUAUAAACACAUUCGAGGAUGUUAUUCAGCUAAUUCAGCAAUCUAAAAAUAUAAUUGUUUUAACCGGCGCUGGCGUGUCAGUAUCGUGUGGCAUACCAGAUUUCCGCUCGAGUGACGGCAUCUACAGCCGCCUGGCCAAGGACUUUCCUAAUUUGCCCGAUCCGCAAGCUAUGUUCGACAUCAGUUACUUCUCACGCGAUCCACGACCAUUCUUCAAGUUUGCGCGCGAAAUAUAUCCCGGACAAUUUAAACCAUCACCUUGUCAUCGUUUUAUAAAAUUGCUCGAAGAGAAGCAGAAAUUGUUGCGCAAUUACACACAAAAUAUAGACACUUUGGAGAAGGUAGCUGGCAUAAAGAACGUUAUAGAAUGCCAUGGCUCGUUUUCGACGGCUUCGUGCACGAAAUGCAAAGUCAAAUGUACAGCAGAUGCUAUACGGGCUGAUAUCUUCUCGCAACGCAUACCCGUAUGUCCACGUUGUCAGCCCAAUGUGCAUCAGAGUGUUAAUGCUUCUGACGCAGUGUCGGAUGCAGAUUUGAGACAGCUUGUGGAGAAUGGCAUAAUGAAGCCAGAUAUUGUUUUCUUCGGGGAAGGUCUUCCCGAAGAAUUCCACACUGUCAUGGCGGGUGACAAAGACAGAUGUGACCUGUUGAUUGUUAUAGGUUCUUCCCUCAAAGUGCGGCCGGUAGCGUUAAUUCCCAGCUCAAUACCAGCCAAUGUGCCGCAGAUACUCAUCAAUCGGGAGCAGCUGCAUCAUCUCGAGUUCGAUGUUGAAUUGUUGGGUGAUUCCGAUGUUAUCAUAAAUCAAUUAUGUCAUCGCCUAGGUGAUGAUUGGAAAGAAAUCUGCUAUGAUAGCUUCAUAUUGAAGGAAUCCAAGGAACUCUUACCAGUGGAAGAGGAAGAUACUAACGAUGAAGGUGAGGAAGAUGGCCAACAGAUGCUAGAUACAGACACACAAUCAGUUAAGUCGAGCGCAUCCACAGAUUUGGCGCUACGUUCGACAGUUGCUUACUCGGAUAGCGGGUUCGAAUCGUCAACAUCAUCUGGUAUGGUACUUGCUAAACAAAACAUUGCAGCGGCUAGUAGUGAGGCUAAGGAGGCAAUAGAAAAAAUCAAAACCACCAUAUUGGAGAUGCAUCAGCCAUUGACAAAGAAACGUCAGGGUAGCAAGCCAGUGUCAGUUAAUUACUUAGAAGAGCCUAGUGAUGCUGUAGAUUUUGAAACUCGUUCCUUUCAACCAUUUAAUGAGCGCGUAAGUGAGCAGUACCACCACCACACGACAUGUGGUGUGAAUACACGUCAUCCGUCAGUCGAUUCAACCAAGGACAGUGGUAUAGUGGGCGACUGCUCCAUUUCGGCGCAGAUUUCAAACAAUGUCAUUAGCAUUCUGCCGCCACCGAUUACAAAUUUUGGUGAUAGUGGAGGCACAAAAGCUAUGAAUGACCCCUUCACAGCUCUACCUACCUGCACAGAUAACAAAACUACACCCGCGGCAACAGUAACAAGGACAGAGUCGCCGCUGCCACCGCAAAUGGUAAGCGAUACAGAGAAAACAUCAACAGCGGUCACAAUACGUCGCAGUGCUAAGAAAUACCGUACUGCAGCGGAACGUUUGCUCGAAGGUACAUACUAUGCGCACGACACCGCUUCAGCUUAUGUAUUCCCCGGCGCACAAGUCUCAUGGUCGUCCGAUGUCGAAGAAGAGGAUGAAGAAAAUGGCAUUAUUGGAAAUAUGUACGAUGACGUCGAUGAGGAUGAUAUCGAUGCAAAUGGCGGUCCGCUCUCACCACUCUUGCCGCCAUCUGUGGAAGCAGAAGUAGUAAGUGAAAUAACAACAACAAGUGCAUUUGCAAUUUGCGCCAAGCGAAUGCUACCCGCGUCAUACAGCAUCAGCGGCGAUAUUAACCAAGCGGCGGAUACGGAAUUGCAAACCGAUAGCUAUAAAAAUUCGAGUAUACCAAGCAAUACAACAGCAAUAACCUGCAGCGCUAGGGAAACCACAUGCGACAGUGUAAGUGUGACAAUGCCGCCUUCUCCUUCACCAUCGCCGCAAAAGAGAGCUUGUGAAUGCCCUCCAAUACGUGGUGGUGGUAGCGACAGCAAUGUCGAAGCAAACGAUAGCAGUAGGAGUAGUAAUAUUGGUAAAUCUGAAUGCCAUGCGCCUCCCUUAAAGCGUAAGCGCUCAACAGAUGAUCAGAAAAAUUUGGCCGCUGUAUUUCCGGAAGUGUGUAUUGAUGCAACGCAAAGCGGUAAGAUUGAUGACACACCUCUUUUGAGUAGUGGUGGUGGUGGUGGCGCAGACGCCGGGUCGCCAAAGGUGUAUGCAACACAGCUGGUUCAGAAUUAAGAUUACCACUCUUCCGGUUCUGAUUGAUUCGACUGCAGCAAACUUAUUGGAAGUCAUAUAAGAAGAGAAACUACUACAACAAACACAAAAGUAUGCAUUAAUUAAACUUAUUUAUUGUUUGCUACAUAUGUUUUUACAAGUAUCGAUAACUGUACAUGCAUUUAACGUUUGUCCAAUUAAACAUUUAAGUCAUACACAUACAUACGUAAAGAGAACAUAACUAUUGGAUUUUGAUUUGCAUUGAAAUCCUCAAGCUUAAAGCGUGUAAGUGUGCGAAAAAUUGAAAGAAAUUUAAA